GAAUUGUGCACAGUAAAAUAUGCAUUAAAAGGACAGCUGGAUCAUCAUACUCACCCCCAGUGUCGCCAUCAUAUGGCAGAUUGCCUCAUGAUGGCGUCCUCUCCCGGGCUGGACGUUGACCCGUUACCAAUGCUUCAGCUCCAGGAGGUGGACUCCAGCAAAAUCUCAGAGAAGCUGAGCUCCCCAGGACUGAUGCCCGGCAUGUACAGCCCUCCUCUGGGCAUGGACAACCACACUGUCUGCAUUCCCUCUCCGUACACGGACAGUAGUCACGAGUACAACCACGGACAUGGACCUGUGACCUUCUAUAGCCCGUCAGUGCUGAGCUAUGCCCGGCCGUCCAUCAAUGACAGUCCUUCAUCUCUGUGCCCGCCCCUCAGCCCGUCGGCCUUGUGGCCAUCACACAACCACCCCAACUUGCCCUCGUUGCCCCUGCGCUGCCCUCAGCCUCUCGUCUACAGCGAACCCAACCCACAUACAGCCUGGCUGGAGCCGAAAGCCCACAGCAUCAACACCAGCAGUUCCAUCAUCAACUGUAACAAGCUGAUGGGGAAGAGAUCAGAGGAAGGAUUGGAAGGCGUUAACUCUUCAUCCGCCGUGGGGAAAGCUGACAUGCACUUCUGCGCUGUGUGCCAAGACUACGCCUCCGGGUAUCACUACGGCGUGUGGUCCUGUGAAGGAUGCAAGGCUUUUUUCAAGAGGAGUAUCCAAGGACACAAUGACUACAUCUGCCCCGCCACAAACCAGUGCACUAUCGACAAGAACCGGCGUAAAAGCUGCCAGGCCUGUCGCCUACGUAAAUGCUACGAAGUGGGAAUGAUGAAGUGUGGUGUGAGGCGUGAACGCUGCAGCUACCGAGGAGCCCGACACCGCCGUGGUGGGAUUCGUUCCCGGGAUCAAACAGGCAGGGGUUUGGUCAGGGUGGGGCAGCGGCAUAUCCACCUGGAGGCACCGCUCAACCCGCUCCAUCACGGCAACCAAGCGCACCACUCAGUCAUGAGCCCGGAGGAGUUCAUCUCCCGCAUCAUGGAGGCCGAGCCUCCGGAGAUUUACCUCAUGGAAGAUCUGAAGAAGCCGUUCACUGAAGCCACCAUGAUGAUGUCACUCACCAACCUGGCUGACAAGGAGCUCGUCCUCAUGAUCAGCUGGGCCAAAAAGAUUCCAGGCUUUAUAGAGCUCAGUCUAGCGGAUCAGAUCCACCUGCUGAAGUGCUGCUGGCUGGAGAUCCUGAUGCUGGGCCUGAUGUGGAGGUCUGUGGAUCAUCCUGGAAAACUCAUCUUCUCUCCAGACUUCAAACUCAACAGGGAGGAGGGACAGUGCGUGGAGGGCAUCAUGGAGAUUUUCGACAUGCUGCUGGCAGCCACGUCUCGGUUCCGCGAGCUGAAGCUGCAGAGAGAGGAGUACGUCUGUCUCAAGGCCAUGAUCCUCCUCAACUCCAAUUUGUGUACGAGCUCCCCGCAGACAGCCGAGGAGCUGGAGAGCAGGAACAAGCUGCUGCGUCUGCUGGACUCGGUGAUCGACGCUCUGGUCUGGGUGAUUUCCAAAAUGGGCCUGUCGACCCAGCAGCAGACUCUGCGCCUCGGACAUCUCACCAUGCUGCUCUCCCACAUCCGCCACGUCAGUAACAAAGGCAUGGACCAUCUGUCCACCAUGAAGAGGAAGAACAGGGUUCUGGUGUACGAUCUCCUCCUGGAGAUGCUGGACGCCAACACAUCCGGCGGCAGCAGCAGCAGCAGUCAGAUGUCUGCGUCCUCGCCAGACUCUGACUCUUUCUGCGAGCAGCAGCAGUACGUCCAACCCCCCCCACACAUGCACCACGGCACAGACCAGACCACCGCAGAGCCUCCAUUCGGACCAGCUGAGGCUCUGAUCCUGGACAGACACCUGAAGGCUUCGCCCCUCCAGUCCUCACCUCCGCCUCUGAGUUUAAUGGUGGAUCACAUGACUGCAGAGGGAAAUGAUUACAUCCAUACGGAGACGUGGUCACUGGAAUAGAGAGACGCUCGUCUUUCAGAGGACAACGACAAACGACAUCAUCGCUGAUCGAGUUAUGAUUGAAAAACCUGAAAGCCUUAGAAGAGGGGGGGUGGGGGGGGUGAUGACCGGACUAUAAAGGGACUGAACGCUUAAAACUUUUUUUGGGGAAGGCACCCCCAAAAAAAACAAAAACAAAAAAAAAAACAUAGAAAGUGCUGUUGUGAGGUAAAAGUUUUUUUUCUCUUGUUAAGAUGUUUUUAGUCUUUAACAAAAAAAACCCAAAACAAAACAAAAAAAAGAA